AUGAGACUCUCGGAACCAAUGUUAGACAUGGAAAUGGCAAACUACAGUGAAGUUUUAGAUCCGACGUAUACGGCACUGGAGUUCGAAACGAUGCAGAUUCUGUACAAUGGCAGUGACAGUUCAGGAGAAGCUGUCAACAUGAAUGCUGCUGACAACGGUGUCAGCGGUCUCUGUGCAAUAUGUGGAGACCGAGCAACCGGAAAACAUUACGGUGCUUCCAGCUGUGACGGAUGCAAGGGAUUCUUUAGGCGCAGUAUACGGAAAAAUCACGUCUAUACAUGCAGAUUCAACCGGCAAUGCAUUGUUGACAAGGACAAAAGGAAUCAAUGCAGAUAUUGUCGUUUAAAAAAGUGUUUUCGAGCAGGAAUGAAAAAAGAAGCUGUACAAAAUGAACGGGACAGGAUAAGUACGAGAAGAAACACUUUUGAUGGCUGCAACAUUCCCUCUAUUAGCACAUUGUCACAAGCUGAGACACUCUCCCGUCAGAUCUCAAUCUCCAGUCCUGGUGCUAGCACGGACAUAAAUGUUAAGAAAAUUGCUGGUAUUAGUGAUGUCUGUGAAUCUAUGAAGCAACAACUUCUAGUCCUGGUGGAAUGGGCUAAAUAUAUUCCAGGCUUCUGUGAAUUACCACUGGAUGACCAGGUAUAA